GAGCAAGGGCUAUCGAGGGGAGUGCGUCCUGGAGGAGUAAGGGCUAUCGAGGGAGUCAACCCUGGAGGAGUAAGGGCUAUUCAGGGAGUGAAUCCUGGAGGAGUAAGGGCUAUUCAGGGAGUGAAUCCUGGAGGAGUAAGGGCUAUCGAGGGAGUCAACCCUGGAGUAAGGGCUAUCGAGGGAGUCAACCCUGGAGGAGUAAGGGCUAUUCAGGGAGUGAAUCCUGGAGGAGUAAGGGCUAUUCAGGGAGUGAAUCCUGGAGGAGUAAGGGCUAUCGAGGGAGUCAACCCUGGAGUAAGGGCUAUCGAGGGAGUCAACCCUGGAGGAGUAAGGGCUAUUCAGGGAGUGAAUCCUGGAGGAGUAAGGGCUAUCGAGGGAGUCAACCCUGGAGUAAGGGCUAUCGAGGAAGUCAACCCUGGAGGACUAAGGGCUACCGAGGAAGUCAACCCUGGAGAAGUAAGGGCUAUCGAGGGAGAAAACCACGAAGGACUAAGGGCUAUCGAGGGAGUGAACCUAAGAGGAGUAAGGGCUACCGAGGGAGUGAACCCAGGAGGAGUAAGGGCUAUCGAGGGACGAAACUCGGAGGACUAA